AUGGCCUUGUUUCAAGUCGAAGGAUGGGAUCUGAAUACCACACAAGUUUCUUACGAUAGUGCCAACGCUAAAAAAGAGCACAAGAAAAAGAAAAGAAAGGAAAGAGCCAAGAAGAUAGAACAGAGCAGAUUAAAGGAAACCGAAGAUGAAUAUGCCAACUAUAGCAUCGAGAAAGAUGAGGAGGAGGCUGGAAAUACCAAAGACGCUCCAGCAGAAGAGGCCAAGAAAGAUUCUUUACUUAAGAAAAGGGCCAAAAGCAGUAAUGAGAAACCCAUUUCCAAGAAAAGAACGUUAGAUGAUGUAGAGUCUGCACCAAAGGCCAAACAUGCACAACAGGACGAUGGAAGUGUUGCUAAAAAACCCUUGACUGCGCUUCAGCAAAAAAUGCUGACAAAAUUGAGCGGAUCCAGGUUUAGAUGGAUCAAUGAGCAGUUGUACACAACGUCUUCCAGCAGUGCACUUGAUCUCAUCAAAAAACAGCCGCAGCUUUUUGAUGAGUACCACGAUGGAUUCAGAUCGCAGGUUCAAUCUUGGCCUGAAAAUCCGGUCGACGUUUUUGUCGAGCAAUUCCGCGUUAGAUCGCAAAAGCCUGUCAAUGCCCCUGGCGGCUUGCCAGGCCUACCGUCGGACAAAACAAUCGUGGUUGGAGAUAUGGGAUGUGGUGAAGCCCAACUAGCACAAGAUUUGAACAACUUUUACGCUCAAUAUAAUCGCAAGCAGAAGAAACACUUCAAAAAGAAGUGCGUCGUCCACAGUUUCGAUCUAAAAAAGGCCAACAAGCUGAUUACAGUUGCAGACAUAAAAAACGUCCCGCUUCCAGAUCAGUCGUGUACGGUGGUGGUUUUUUGUUUGGCUUUGAUGGGAACGAAUUUCUUGGACUUUAUUAAAGAAGCUUACAGACUUUUGGUGCCGCGUGGUGAAUUGUGGAUUGCAGAGAUCAAGUCUCGUUUCGCCGACCGUCAAGGUGACGAGUUUGUUAAUGCAAUCAAGCUUAUGGGAUUCUUCCACAAGAAGACGGAUGAUUCUAACAAAAUGUUCACCCGAUUCGAGUUUUUCAAGCCUCCACAAGAGAUUAUUGAAGAGAGGAAGGCAAAACUCGAGCGUAAACAGAAGUUCAUCGAGGCUGAAACUGAGAAAGAGGAGUUCGACGCAAAGAGGUCAAAGGCUCCGGAAGGAAAAUGGCUCUUGAAGCCUUGCAUCUACAAAAGGAGGUAG